AUUUGGAAGUGAUAUUUUUUGAAAAUGAGUGAUAAUUUGCGGAAAAUGAUUCCAAUAUCAGAUACACAGGAAAGCAAAUCAUUGAAAGAAAAACGAUUUAAGAAAGCUAUCAAUUUGAGAAUUAAAAUCAAUAACGGGGUUAGUGGUAAUAAUGGACCCACGACACCGGUACCGGUGACUCCAAAUAGACAAAACGAUUCGUUUUCCGCCCUAGAAGAACUGCUACAAUGCGGCAUCUGUUUGGAACGACUUACGCAUCCGAGAAUGUUGCCUUGUCAGCACACAUUUUGCCUUGGGUGCCUCAAAACUCACGUGACUGCGAGAAACCUCAAAUUUGGAACCAUCGACAGUCCUACUAAUAAUGACACUUCAUCAAACAUCAAAAAUCCGAAAUUCACCGUGGACUCGCAGAUAAAGUCCAUGUCAUGCCCUGUUUGUCAAAAACACAUGCCCUUAAGGGAUGGAAUCGAUUCCCUCGACAAACUGCCUAGAAAUCUCUAUUUACAGUCACUUUUGAGAGUGGUAGAAGAAACCCCGAUAUCGCCAAAAGUAGUCGAAAACUACAGAUGUGUCAACUGUCAAAUGGCUUCCGCUCAUCAAGAACAAGUUUGUCAACAUUGUAUGCAGAUUUUCUGUAACGUAUGUUGGAAUGAGCAUUUAGCUCUAUUAGAGUCAAAUCUAUCUUUGUUAGUGAAACAACUAACUGAGUGUGAGGACAGAGUGAAACAUAAGCUAGAAAAUGUUUUUUUUCGUUGUGAUACACUGGAAGAGAAAAUCAAGAAAGCCACCAUGGCUAAAGUUGAAUCUAUUUUACGGGAAGAGAAGCAUGUUUUAAGUGAAGUAACCAGCAUUAAAAAAGAAGGAGGCAUAACUUCAGAUAUUCUGCUACACAGUGUAGCCAAACUAAGAGAAGAAAUCAUAGGAAAAUCAAAAGUGAGCAACAACAACCACAAAGUAACCACCUACCUCAACCUCCAUCGAGAAACCUCCAAAAUUCUGGAGCAAGUCAACUUUUUCGGCGAAGCCAGACUUACUUUUGAUCCAGACACUUUCAAGAUGGAACAAAUCUCCGAAGGCAUCUACAACGACGAUGACAAUCAACAACAACACACACAAACCCAAAUGGUUUCCAAUUCGCCUGAAAAUCUUGAUUCGAUGGCUGCGCAUUAUAAAGCUCGAUCAUUUUCACCGAAAUUGGUGUGGAACAAAUGUCCUAGACCGUCUGGAUUGGGAAUACCGCCUUGGGAUGAAAACAAAUUGUAUAUUGCUGCUACUGAUAGUCAUUAUGUGUUGAUUUUGGAUAGGAGUAAAUUUAAACUAAUUGAACGUUUGACUCACCCAGACAUGUCUUGUCCGACUGGAAUAACAUUUUCCAAGUCCAGAAAAGAAAUGUUCGUAUCCGACAAAUGGAAUCAUUGCAUCCAUGCAUUUUCCAGUGCCGGAGAAUAUCUUAGAAACUUUUCCAAUCUAAAAUUGAGAAGUCCAGAUGGUAUAGCAAUUGGUCCCAAUGAAGAACUAAUCGUCUGCGACACUGGCAACGACAGAGUGCUUCUUGUGAAUCCCGAAUCCGGAGAAAAACUUGGAGUGAUUGGUGUUCAUUCUGGAGUUACUCAGCUGAAUUUUCCAGCUAGCGUUGCUGUACAUGGAAACGACAUUAUUGUUGCCGAUUCAGGAAACAAUAGAGUGAAAAUCUUCAAUAUUAACGGAGACCUUCUGCAAGAAAUAGGCUCUCUUGGUAAAAAUCCUGGACAAUUUAGGUCUGUAGAGGUUGUAGCAGUGGAUCGGUUUGGAUUUAUUUUGGUUGGGGAUGCCGGAAAUGCCAGGAUUCAAGUUUUCAAACCGGAUGGGACGAUUGUGAAAAUUUUAGGAAGCAAAAGCGGAUUUGGCUGGAUUUCUGGCAUACUUGUGACGCAAAAAUUUGAGAUCAUCACUGCUGAUAUUAAAACGAGAAGCCUUAAGAUAUUUUGAUAGGUGUUUUUAAUAUUGAAUUAAAUGCUUAUAUUAGUUAGGUAUAUAUCUUAUUGUUUAUUGAAAUGCAAUAAAUAAU